AAAGUAGAGAAAUAGAGUGUUAGAGAGUGUGGUGUGGUUUAAGAAUUCACAUUGCAAAUUUUGUGUGUGACUCAUUCUCUACUACUACUAGUGCCGUACCCUUAAUGAGGUUCUUCGUUUCGUGCUUCGGCGUGGCCGAUCCCACCGCCACCUCCAAGCCCCUCGUUCCUCCGCCGUCGCGGACUCUCCGCCGCAGCAAGUCCCACUGGAGGCCCGCCCUGGGCUCCAUUUCCGAGGACACCGCGCCGCCGCACAGAGACAGGGCCGCCCCGGCCUCCGCCGGAGAUGCCAAGAGGAGUAGCAACACAGCCGCCGCCGCCGCCGCGGAUACCGCCAAGGCUCGCCGCCUGUACAGCGACGAUUGCGAUUACGGGGUGACACACCUUACUAAUUCAAGGAAAAAAUUAACAUGAACUCUUUCCCACUUAAACAAAUUCUUGCACCAUUCAAAACACCACUUCCACGACUCAAUCCUCCUCCCAAAACCCCAUAUUGCCAGUUUUUUCCCUCGUUGCAAGGAGUUUAGUAGCAACCUUGAAAAAGUCUUUGCCAAAGGUUGAUCCCCAACCCAAGUAUCUUACCAAAAAAUAAUGUUUCCACCCUCCCAAAUUUCAUACCAAAGAACGACUAAACCACUUUAUUUCAUAAUAACUCUUACAAACCUUAUGCAAGUCCUUCCACUAAAAAGAAGUAGAAGAAAUACUAUUCGAAUUAAUGAGAUCCUGUUAUCCACCAUAUUUGGAGGAUAAAACCUCGCUCCAUAAUGACCUUCUUAUAAUGGAAAAGAUCUCACUUCCAUUUUGCUAGAAGAGCAUCAUUAAAGGCAAAAGUGUUUUUAAUCCCCAAGCCCCACAACUUUUAGCUAGGUUCACACAAUUUAUCCCAAUUGAUCCAAAGAAACCUUCCUUUUACCCUCCUCAUCACACCCCCACAAGAAAAGUUCUUUGUAUGCUAAUAAUUUUCCUGCCCACAAGUUUUGGAAGCUUAAAGAAGAAAACGGAAAAAAAAAAAAAAAA